GACAAUAAGCCUUGUUCUAUUUUUUGUGAGUGAUGCACAACGGACAGGCGGAUGUGGAAAGCACAUGGAGUGCUCGCCACAUCUUUUUGGGGCCUGCAUCCAACACGCAAAAAAAAAGUGGCUCAGAUGUGCAGAAAAAGAACGGUCGUGUGCACGAGACCCAAUUCUGAGACAUUUUACCACAUAAAUACAAACCCAUCAGUGAGAAGACUUCGGUUACGAAUUCCACUACAGUGAUUAAAAAUAAACCCGUCCAACCGCACCAGGUUAAUGUCACUUUAAAAAGGAAAGGUGACAUUAGUCAGUCCCACAGUGUGCCAUAGACAUGCAGUUUCUGAACACAUUUACACGAUGUGCACAAGUAUGCAGUAAAAUGGUGAACUGUUGUCCAGACUGAAUCACCCCCGGCAGAAACCUUAUUCCUCCUUCCCUCCCCCACAUCCGUCACUAACCACUUGACUCGCGGCCAAGUUCGAUUACCAGGCAACCAGACCACGUGACCAACACCAGACGUGCAGCCAAAAGCAUAUUUCCCAAGCCGCCAUAUUGGUGUGACGCACUCACAAAAUUUGCAAUCCAAGAACAGGCGGUUGACAGAAGAGGAGACCUCGGGAGCGCGAAUAUUACUUUCUGUUGGAAAGAAAAGACGUGUCAGUAUAGGCCGACGCUUAGAACGCAGCGGAGGACUACCCUCAGGCUCGUUGCUGCGUUGUUACAUAAUGGCGCCGAACUCUCCCUCUGCACCCGCUUCUCCCGGCAGCUCUAUCCCCUCCCACCUGCUGCAGCAUGAUGUCACAGACAACCAAUCGCGUCGAGGCCUUCGAGCGCCUCUCAAGCGCCCAUUGGAGGUUUUCUAUCAGCCCCGCCCACCGACAAACAACAGUAAAGUGACAGAAUACUUACACGGCGCCAUUAUACAGCUACAAGGACAACGAGAAAAAAAACCGGAAAAAAAAUAUAAAUAAACACAUGAAUAUACGGAAAGGCACGGGUCUACAAGAACACAGUUUAAUAACCACUCAACGCAUACAAUACUUGGCACGACCAAUGUCCGUUCACAAGCCGUUUCUUUGUCACUCCGUAAGCGGUAGACCGGAGUAGAAGACAUACUAGAAGCACACGCCGAGCAGCACGACUUUAUUCGUCCGUCCGUCUCUCUCCAUAGAGGCAGUGCAGUAGUCAGCCAGCUUUUAUCAAGAGCUUCGCGGCUGCGCACUGUGGGAAAGCAGCCCCUGCUCCAGCUGCAUGGAGACCCCGACGGCGUCUCUCCCUCAGCCAAGAACACCAUGGUGAUAAGAGCAGAGCUUGUGUAGGAACCGCCUCCAUCUUCCCCAAUUAGAGCAAGCAUAGGACUAGCUUGAGACCUUGUAUAGCCGUAUACCCACCCAUUUCCAGAGACAUUCCUGUUGUCUCUCACACCCACCUUCUGCGGAGCUCACCCACGAAGAACAAAACUAAAACGAGCGCGCCGUCCGUUAGCUCUAUACGAGCCAUUGCUGUCUGUCACCACAAACAUAAACUGACGUAAAACGACAGGCUGUGAACAUUUAUUCACACGAGUAACGCUUGCAUAAACUGCAUACUUCACUGUACACGACAACAUGGCGGGUGUCGCUCAGUAUCCCCGCAGCUGAAGAACCUUAGACAUGCUGGCCGUGGUAUUUACGCCCGAAUCUCUCUCUCUCAACAUGUCUACACCUUCCUUUCAGUCCAUAACUCCACCUUCGUUGCAGGGACUUUUUUUUUUUUUUCUUCACCCCUCACCCACCCACACGAAAUGCACGGGUUCGCCAUUACAUAACAGGGCACGGACGUUCACUUUCCCUAUGCAUUCCUAAUGUGAAGAGGGCGUGCCGCUAUGCAAGGGCAAGCUGGUGCCCACAAGUAAAAUGGUGUGCGCUUUGGUGCACGCGUCGCCAUUUUGCUUGUGGGCACGGACGCUGCUGGGGCCCUUCCACACCCGCAACAGUCUUGUAUUGAGUCCGUGGCAGCAGGGUUAGGAAACCCCGUGCGAGCAUCCGACGCCAUUUUCCAGAGAGAGGCAGUGACAUAGAGCCAGCGUAGGCUGAGACACGGGAGGAGCGGGGUUUGUACACAUUGGAGCUGCAGUCAGCUUAGGCACUGCAAACACCUUUAUACCUCUUUUCUCCGGCGGUCAUUUCUAGAUUUUUUCAGUCAGGGCAGCUCACCGUGCUUUCCAUAGCUUUCAGUCAGUUCCGUACAUCUUCCUAACGGUCCCCGGGGCUGCUUCUGACGUCGCUUUUCCUGUCACCCUUCAAGCUGCUGGGAGGGAUCGCUUGUAGUAAUAGGAUUUAGGUCUCACGUUAGCGGCCAUUAAGAUCACCCUUUAGGGAGGGGGUGCAUUUACGUUUUCCGUUUUCGGUGUCCUGUUUCCUGGCUUUGGCACGUUGGAGGGUUUGUGGAUGCACUUAGAUGUUUGCAAUGAGCACUGUGGCUGGCAUGCCCCAGUGUUUUGGAUCCCGAUGCAGAGGACUCCAUAGUAAUCGGAUUUAUCAGAAGCGAACGUCAUGAGCAUAGUGGUCCCUUUGCGGGUUGAGACAGCAGAAACUCCAUACAUAGACAUGGCUGCAGGCUCAGAACCGGAAUCUGUAGAAGCAAGCCCUGUUGUAGUUGAAAAGUCAAACAGUUAUCCACACCAUUUAUAUACCAGCAGUUCUCACCAUUCGCACAGUUAUAUAGGCUUGCCUUAUGCGGAUCACAACUAUGGUGCUCGCCCUCCGCCAACACCUCCAGCAUCUCCGCCCCCUGUUCUUAUUAAAAACGAAGUGAACGUAUUUACUACUCCGCAUUUUGAUGAGACGUCAAGUGCUACGACCAUCAGCACUUCAGAAGAUGGAAGCUAUGGAACUGAUGUCACGCGAUGUAUUUGUGGUUUUACCCAUGAUGAUGGGUACAUGAUCUGUUGUGACAAGUGCAGUGUCUGGCAGCAUAUAGAUUGUAUGGGUAUUGACAGACAAAAUAUUCCAGACAUCUACUUAUGUGAGCGUUGUCAGCCUCGAUCUCUUGACAGAGAGCGAGCAAUAUUGCUUCAACAAAGAAAACGAGAACAUUUGUCAGAUGAUCUUCAAACCUGCUACAAUGGUAGAGGCAACAACGGAAGCCUUUUAUCUGAUGGUGAUACCAGUGCAACAGAGAGUUGUGAUGAAGUUCCCAUGGAGCUGUACACUGCUUGCCAGCACACUCCUACAACACUUACUCUUACCGCCACCAGAGUAACAAAAGUGAAUGACAAAAAAAGAAAAAAAAGUGGAGAAAAGGAACAGAAUGUGAAGUCAAAAAAGGCCUUUAGAGAAGGAUCUAGAAAAUCUUCUCGAGUAAAGGGAUCUGCCCCCGAAAUUGAUCCAUCUGAUAAUCCCACAUAUGGAUGGGAGAGUAAAAUCAAAGCUUGGAUGGACCACUAUGAAGAAGCAAACAGCAACCAAUACAGUGAAGGUGUUCAAAGGGAGGCUCAAAGGAUAGCGCUAAGACUUGGUUGUGACAAUGACGGAAAGGAGCAAUGUGGAAAGUCCAGCUUGAGCCCUAACAAUCUCUUAUUUAAACCUCCAGUAGAGAGUUAUAUGCAGAAGAACAAAAAAAUAUUAAAAGCUGCAAAAGACCUGCAACCUGAAACAUUAAUAAUUGAAUAUAGAGGAAAAUUCAUGCUUCGGGAUCAGUUUGAAGCUAAUGGCUACUUUUUUAAAAGACCAUACCCUUUUGUUUUAUUUUAUUCUAAAUUUCAUGGGUUAGAAAUGUGUGUUGAUGCAAGGACAUUUGGCAAUGAAGCUAGAUUUAUUAGAAGAUCCUGUACACCUAAUGCUGAGGUACGGCAUAUUGUUGAAGAAGGAACAGUUCAUUUAUAUAUUUAUUCAAUUUCCAACAUUCCAAAAGGUGCAGAAGUUACUAUUGCAUUUGACUUUGAGUAUGCAAAUUGCAAAUACAAGGUGGAUUGUGCAUGUCUCAAAGACAAUCCAGAGUGUCCGGUGCUACGAUGCAGUUCUGAACCAACAGAAAAUUUCAACAGUGGAUAUGAGACUAGGAGGAAAAAAGGAAGGAAAGAAAAGGAUCUCUCUAAAGAAAAGGAAUCUCAAAAUCAGAACCUUUUGUUAGACAAUGAUGGUUCCGUUGACAAAAUGAAAUCCCCAGAUAACAGACAGAGAAAACUUUCCCCUCUUCGACUGUCCAUCUCUAAUAACCAGGAGCCAGAUUUUAUUGAUGAUAUAGAAGAAAAAACACCUGUUAGCAAUGAAGUAGAAAUGGAAUCUGAGGAGCAGAUUGCAGAGAGAAAAAGGAAGAUGACAAGAGAGGAAAGGAAAAUGGAGGCCAUCCUUCAAGCAUUUGCUAGACUGGAGAAGCGAGAGAAAAGAAGAGAACAGGCUUUAGAGAGAAUAGGCACGUCUAAAACAGAUGUCAAACCUGAAUCAAAAGAUGUGCAAGUUCUUAAUGACCCUGAACCUUCUCAGGAACCAGUAAAAGAGGAGCCUGUCAUCAAGCCUACCCCUGCCAAAAUUAAUCGCACCAAGCAAAGAAAAAGUUUUACUAGAAGUCGAACUCACAUUGGUCAGCAGCGUCGCCGGCACAGAACUAUCAGCAGCUGCUCAGAUGUUCAGCCACCGUCCCCAGAAGUCGAGGUCACCUCUCAGCAAGUGGAAUCAGAGACUAGCGCACUUGUAGAAGAGCCUGUCAAUGAGAGUCCUGCUACAGACGUGGUGCCGAUUGUCCCAGAAACAGAGGAGGUUCCAGAUACUGAAUCACUUGUGCAAAACAAAUGUUCAGCAAAAUACCCAAAAACAAAAAAGUCUUGCGUAAACACUUGUGUGGCACUUCAAAAAUGGAAGGACACUCUUUUUACACACUUGGUUAAUGAAUGGUUAAGUGAGAAGCAUGAAAAAUCUGCUAAACAUGGGGAGGCAUUUUUGGAAAAACCUCUGCGCAUAACCACAGAUCCAGAAGUCCUUGCCACACAAUUAAAUUCUCUGCCGGGCCUCAUCUAUAGUCCACACAUGUACAGCACUCCAAAGCACUAUAUUCGAUUUACCUCGCCUUUCCUUUCUGAGAAGAAGAAGAAAAAAGAUGAGGAGAACCUUACAAGUUGUUGCAAAAAGCGUUGGCUCAAACAAGCUUUGGAAGAGGAACAUUCUGCACCAAUGAAUCCAUUUGAUUCUCCAGCCCAAGAUGGAUCUCAGAGUCCGAUUACAUUUGCAGAAAAUAAGUGCCAUCUAGUAUUGAAUGGUAGCUGCCCAUUAGCAGAUCUAACAACUCCACUGAAAAAACGAAGAUUGUAUCAGUUGUUGGACUGUGUUUACUCAGAAAAUUCUACACCUACCGCAUCUCCUUAUGCUACACCAACCCACACAGAUAUACCAUCCACAGACACUUCCCUAUUUACUACUCCUCCCAGGGUAAAAGUAGAGGACGAUGUUCGUAGCAACUGCAAGCAGGCUUUUUCACCAGUUACACCUAUAACUUCAUGCAUACGUGGGAAUCACUUGCAAUUUGAGAGCAUUUCCUCGCCAGAAAGUUCUCCAGAACUAAGUCGUAAAACCUGUGGCCAAGAUGGUAGUGAUCGGACAGGAACAGCGUUGGCUUUGAAUUCAUUCAGAAAUUCUAAUCUUACUGAAAUUGGUGUGCAGGAAAUCAAGACUAUUGGUUAUUGCAGCCCACGGAGCAGGACCGAGGUAAACAGACAAUGCACAUCAGAUAGUGAUUCGACUGUAGACCUUCACUUGGGACUUGAAAUAAAUGAACAUACUGCAUUACAAAAACACAUGGAGCCCUUGUCCCGGGAUAGGACUGAUUCAAACAGCCAGCAAGAAAAUGCUCACUGUGGACGGGGUGCAGUAUAUUCAUCUUGGAUCAAAAGCCCAGAAAGAACAGGAGUGAAUUUCUCUGCAGUAAAUUCUAACUUGAGAGACUUGACUCCUUCCCACCAAUUAGAAGUUGGUGGUGGUUUCCGAAUGAGUGACUCAAAGUGCCUGAUUCAAGAGGAUGCCCGUAGUAUGUACAUGGAUGGAUCAAUUUUUUGUUCUUCAGAAGAUGGACUUAUUACGGGAUUUGGUCGAGCACUUAACAGUGAUGGUGUUUUAGAUGGAAAUGGCACACCAUUAAAUCCUCCACAAAAGAAAAAGGUAUCCUUAUUGGAGUACCGAAAAAGGCAACGUGAAGCUAGAAAGAGUGGCUCAAAGUCUGAUACUUUGCCACUGGUCGCACUUUCCCCACAUUCUGAAAGUGGAAAUGUAUUUGCGAACUGUUCUACUACUAAUGAAAUCUGUAGUAACAAUUUGGAAAGUGUCGAACCUAUUGAGAGUGUUCCUAAUUUGACUGUACCGCUGCCAGCUGAAGUUCAGAGCACCUCCUUAGAGGAGACAGACCAAAGUUCUCAAGUUACGGAUGCUACUGCUAAUGAGAAAAGUGAUCCAGAGGUUCAAUGGACUUCUUCAACAUCUGUGGAACAAGUCAGAGAAAGGAGCUAUCACAGAGCUUUGUUAUUGAGUGACCACAGGAAGGAUAAAGAUGAUGGUGAAAAUGAAAAUGGAGAAUUUGUAAAUGUUACGGAAACCCAGUCUCCAGAUGCAUGCCAGAAGAAUUGCAGGAGUCCUUCAAAACAAAAUUUGCCUUGUUCUUCAGGAUCUAAACCACCUUUGAAGGCAGAUGCUUCCCAAGAAACCACCGUGAAUACACCAGUGACUGAGAAUACAAGCCCUUUUAAAUCGGAGCCACAUCAGAAACAAUUAUCAAAGUCCCAUAUUGCACAACCUCAUUCACAAAAGCUGCCUUCUACACCUUUAAAACUGCACUGUCCAUCUUCCCCUCAUCUGGAACAGCCUCCAAAGUCAUCCACACCGCACACACCUGUGCAGCAUGGUUACCUUUCACCAAAGCCUCAUUCACAACAGUUAGGAUCUCCAUACCGAUCUCUCCAUCCUCCUUCACACCAGGGGGCGACACCACAAAGAGAAAACCAUGUGAACUUUUAUCCUGUGUCUCAAAACCUGCAGCCUUCGAAUCCGCAGCCAGCCAGUGGGCAGUUGUAUUCCCAGGCACAGACAGGACAGUGUUCAACGGUCUAUAGUCUCUUUAAUCAACAGACUGUGAACAGCUCUGCACCACCUCCCCCUCCCCCACCACCAACAGCAAACUUUUAUCCAAACCAGCAACCGUCUGCAUCUUUUCAGAACUAUAGUCAAGGUAAAGGUAGUAUUCCCCAGCAGCCUGUGUUUACAUCCUGUCCAAAUCAGGGCCAUGCAACAACCACGGGUCAACCAGUAGUUCAUGGACAUCAUGUAAAUUCUGGACAUUAUUUGCCUUCACAGAAUUCUACUGUACCAUCAAGUGUUCCUCCCCCACCACCUCCGCCUCCACCAGGAUGUCAUCAACAACACGUCUCUGGUCCAGUUCAUGCAGUCCAAGUUGCUAGUGGCGCACUUAUUCAUUCACAGACCACAGGACACCAUUUACCACCUCCUCCCCCACCUCCUCCAAGCCCAAGUUCCCACCAUUCCCACAUGCAACAUGUUCCAGCUGGUCAUCAAGGCUUGCAGGUGCAACACCAGCAUGUUUUAAAUAACGCUCCACCCCCACCACCUCCUCCACCCCCUCCACCUCCACCUCAAUCGACUAAUGUUCUAGGUGGUUCAGGACAUCACUCUGCAUCAGCACAAGGAUUACAUUUACAGACUCACCAAGGACCUGCAAUGUUUCCUUCAGGGGCUCACCCGCCUGUAGCAUCAUAUUCAACCCAGGCUCCUGUUCAUAAUACAGUGGGGUCUGUGUCACAACACCAGUCUUCUGCGCCAGGACAGCACCAUCCACUUCCUAGUCAGGGGCCUCAUAUUCAGCCACAAGGACCAAACAGUAUUGCAUCACCUGCAGGGUUCUGUCCUCAUCCUGGGUCUGUAAGUCUACCCCAUGGGGUACAAGGACCACAGCAGGCCUCCACAGUGCCUGGCCAGUUACCUAUUCACAGACCGCAGGUGCCACCUUUCCAAAACAAUUAUCAUGGCUCAGGCUGGCAUUAGUUUGGUUUUGUUGUGCUUAACAUUUUUAAAAUGUUGUGUAAAAUAAACUGUACAUUUUCUAUGUACCUUGUAAAGGUACUUUUUAAAGCCUGUAUAUGAAAAUUUGUAAAAAUCCAAGUACCAGUGCGCUUUCAUUGUCCAUUUUUUUUUAUGUCUGAUGGUAGUUCUUUGAAGCCAAUUUCGAGUCUUUAGAUUGAGAGUAAACAUUCCAGUUCUGUUCUGAUGCAGUAGAGUUAAUACUGCACAACAUGAGUCACUUGUCAGUUCAUUUAGUGAAUGUUUUCUAUUGUAAGUUUUAUAUGUGAGCUAAAUACACAGGUAAGAGCACUAACACAUUUUUCUUUUUCCCUCCUGUGCUAUUUGCGUGUUAUAGAUAACACAGAGCCAGUUUCAAUGUUACAUUGCUUAUUUACACAAUUGUAAUUUAAUGUAUAGUUCGGUUUUAACAUCUUGACUUCUUUAGAAGUUUUGUAAAUACUGUAUUUGCUUGUAUAUUGCUUGAAGCUUCCACCUCAUUUGAUAAAACAUUGUACAUAUUUUUUUUUAUUGUAUGAUCCUUGUGGAAGUAGUACAGUAUAUGACAUUUAAUUUUUGUAAUAUACUGUCACAUUGCAGCACUGGUUGGGCAUUUUAAUUCAUGUCAAUAAACCACAAUUAUGUCUGUUUUAUCAGGUUAGUCCUUUCAUACAUUUUACAAAAAUUAGCGUUGAUGCAUAACUGCAGCACUUAAACUGUACAUUAAAGUACGUUGUCAGCACUUUUUCCUGAC